AUGUCAAAUAUCAUCGAAAUAUCCUCGGACUCAGAUUCCGAUUACGUCCCGCCGCCACGAAAGCAAAUCGUUGCCAACGCUUCUAGCGGCAAGGGCUUGAAAGCUAUGGGCUCUCCGCGUAAAGCCUCGGCGGCUAUUAUUGAACUCACAGACUCGGAUUCGGAUUCAGACGCGGCGAUCCCAACACGCGUACCACCACGCAAGGCCGCGUCGUCGCCUACGAAACCCUCACUCUCACCUACAAAGCCCAAACCCAAACCCGUAACCAAAACGAGAAUCCCGUCGUCAUCCCGAACGCAGCCUUCGGUCAACGCCGAAACACCACUACCACGCGCGGGCCUCUCUGACAUCUUUCGCAAGCCCUCCCACCUCUCCAAGGACAUGCCCAAGGCGGCAUCGUCGCGUACGCCGUCGGUAUCUUCAGAACUUUUCGCUGGGACGUCGCGACCGCGCACGCCGAGUGGCAGCCGUACGCAAGCGCGCACGUCCGACCGCAGUCCUGAGAAGCUCAGCUUCCCUGAUUCACCUGUCAAACCUGCGCGCGCUCCCGUCACACCUUCCAAGCGCGCGCGUCAGCCCACAUCACAGCGCUCGCCGUCGAAGAAAGCUCUUGCAGCGGCCGCCGCAGCCCACCUGGCCGGAUACGCGUCUGAUCUGUUUGCCGAGCUGAACACGGUGGUGUUCAAAGGCGGCCUCCCUGCAUCCACCGAACUCAAGUGGAGUCCUCGUCUGCGCAGUACGGCUGGUCGCGCUCGGUGGCACCGCACGCGGGGCAAAGACGGAAGCACCAGCGAGGAGUUUACGGAGAUCGAGUUGGCCAGCAAGAUCGUGGAUUGCGAGGAGCGCGUUCGGAAUACGCUUGCACAUGAGAUGUGCCAUCUUGCGUGUUGGGUCAUUGAUAAGGACGUCAAGGAGGGUCACGGCUCUAAAUGGAAGAGCUGGGCGUCCAAGGUCAUGCGGGCGCGGAGGGAUAUCUCUAUCUCUACGCGACACCACUACGAGAUCUCGUACAAGUACCAGUGGGAGUGCGACAACUGCUCUAGAAUCUAUGGAAGGCACAGCAACUCAAUCCGACCAGACGAAGUCUUGUGUGGCGCAUGUAAGACGGGCCACCUUGCACCUCUCUUUGGGGCGCGAAACGCGAAGGCUCCCGCUUCUCCGCGGAAGGGGAAGAAGCCGGUAUCAGCAACAUCUCUUGCGCACGCGCUCGACGGGCUCAAGCUCGAUGAUCUACGCUACAACGAGGACGAAGUCGAGGAUCUCGCGGGCGAGAUGCGCGACAUGGACUUUGGGUCGUGCGCGUCGGACGACGACUAG